CCUGCCCGGCCGGCUGAGCAACUUUCCUCCGAGGGCCGCCUGCCGGCUGGGUGUCUAAAACACCGGCGGCCAAGAGGCAGAGCUGCAGCCCGUUCUGGGGACCCUGCCGCCACCCUUCCAAGGGGUCUGCACCUCCUGGGGGGGCGCGCAUCGCCAGGACGAGGGUCCAUGGUGGAUGGCUCUGGGGACGCUCUCGAGGCUGCGCUGUCCCCCUGCCGCGCGGGUCGGAAGGUCACUGCAGAGGCUGCUCGUGGUCCCGGGGCUGGGGCCAAGGGAGCCUGCACCAGAGACCCAUGUGGAACCCAAGGACGCAGCCGCCCUGCUGAGAGCACGGCGGCCCAUCUCUGGAGACCGUGACCUCGAGACGGUGGCCCUCGGCCCUCCACCUCCGGCUGGGGCGGGGGCCGCCCAUCUCCAAGUCCCCAGCCAUGACGACCUCCGCGCUGCGGCGCCAGGUGAAGAACAUCGUGCACAACUACUCGGAGGCGGAGAUCAAGGUGCGCGAGGCCACCAGCAAUGACCCGUGGGGCCCGCCCAGCUCGCUCAUGUCGGAGAUCGCCGACCUGACCUUCAACACAGUGGCCUUCGCCGAGGUCAUGGGCAUGCUGUGGCGGCGGCUCAACGACAGUGGCAAGAACUGGCGGCACGUGUAUAAGGCGCUGACGCUGCUGGACUACCUGCUCAAGACGGGCUCCGAGCGGGUGGCCCACCAGUGCCGCGAGAACCUCUACACCAUCCAGACGCUCAAGGACUUCCAGUACAUCGACCGCGACGGCAAGGACCAGGGCGUCAACGUGCGCGAGAAGGUCAAGCAGGUGAUGGCCCUGCUCAAGGACGAGGAGCGCCUCCGGCAGGAGCGGACCCACGCCCUCAAGACCAAGGAGCGCAUGGCGCUGGAGGGCACGGGCAUCGGCAGUGGGCAGCUGGGCCUCAGCCGCUCUCGCGGGUCCCCGUCCUCCUACAACUCCUCCUCCUCAUCCCCCUGCUACACCUCCGACUUGGAGCAGGCCCGGCCCCAGACGUCAGGAGAAGAGGAGCUGCAGCUCCAGCUGGCCCUGGCCAUGAGCCGUGAGGAGGCUGAGAAGCCGGUCCCCCCAGCCUCCCACAGGGAUGAGGAUCUGCAGCUGCAGCUGGCUCUGUGUCUGAGCCGGCAGGAGCAUGAGAAGGAGGUGAGGUCCUGGCGGGGAGAUGACUCCCCCGUGGCCAAUGGCGCUGGGGCCGCGGUCCGCCGUUGGCAAGACAAACAGCCGGAGAGAGAAGAGAGAAAGGAGGAGGAGAACCUGAAAACCAGCCAGUCCUCCAUCCUGGACUUGGCAGACAUCUUCGCACCCACCCCGGCCCUGCCCUCCACUCACUGCUCCGCUGACCCAUGGGACAUCCCAGGUCUCAGGCCGAACACAGAACCCAGUGGCUCCUCCUGGGGGCCUUCUGCAGACCCCUGGUCUCCUCUGCCCUCAGGAAGUGCCCUGUCCAGAAGCCAGCCCUGGGACUUGCCCCCUAUGCUCUCCUCCUCUGAGCCCUGGGGCCGGACCCCAGUACUGCCCGCCAGACCCCCUUCCACAGACCUCUGGGCACAGAACUCCCCCCAGCACAAACUCCCCGAUACUGGGGCUGACCCUUGGGGGGCCUCAGUGGAGACCUCCAAUGCACCUGCUCUAGGUACCUCGCCCUUUGAUCUAUUUGCCAAACCUCCAGUAUCCACAGAGACCAAGGAAGGGCCGGAGUGUGCCCAGGCCCUGCCCUCGGGGAAGCCCAGCAGUCCUGUGGAGCUGGACCUGUUUGGAGACCCCAUCCCCAGUUCCAAGCAAAAUGGCACCAAGGAGCCAGAUGCGUUUGACCUGGGUGUACUGGGGGAAGCGCUAACCCAGCCCAGCAAGGAGGCCCGAACAUGCCGCACUCCAGAGUCUUUCCUGGGCCCUUCAGCCUCCUCUUUGGUCAACCUUGAUUCAUUAGUCAAGGUGCCCCAGGCUGCAAAGACCCGAAACCCCUUCCUGACAGGUCUCAGCGCUCCAUCUCCCACCAACCCGUUCGGUGCGGGCGAGCAGGGCAGGCCGACCCUGGACCAGAUGCGCACCGGGUCGCCGGCGCUGGGCUUGGCGGCCAGCGGGCCGGUCGGGGCGCCCUUGGGCUCCAUGACCUACAGCGCCUCCCUGCCCCUCCCGCUCAGCAGCGUGCCGGCCGGCGUGACCCUCCCCGCCUCGGUCAGCGUCUUCCCGCAGGCGGGCCAAAUGGCCUCACCCUUCAGCAUAAGCCCUGCUCUGCAAACCAGUCUUGACACCUCCCUCUCCCUCACUGCCAAUCCUGAGGAUGUCUCCUCUACAGGCCUCAAGACCUUCUCAUGA